AUGGCUUCAAAUGAUGAAUAUUCUUCUGGUCCCAAAACUCCUCUCUCACCUAAAGAUCCUGUUUCAUCCGAAGUUACCAAUCCGGUACGUCAUGCUCCAGUUGCUUAUGCUUUUUCAAGUUCACCAACAGUUACAUAUGAAAAGUUAAAUAGUAAGAACUAUUUAGCUUGGUCCUCUUCUAUUGAGUUGUGGUUUCUUGGUCAAGGUCUUUCAGACCAUCUCGAAAAGUCAAUUUCUGAUAUUCCUCAAAUAGAACGAAGUCAAUGGGAAAGGUUUGACUAUCAGUUAUCCCAGAAAUUGGCUUCUCUUCACCAAAAUAGUCAUGAUAUGACAAGUUUUGUCGCUCAGGCACAGGCAGCAGUGGAGGAACUAAAAAUGUUUUUACAGGCUGACAGCCAUCAAGGCUUGUUGGAAAAGUUGGAAAAUCUAUAUGUAGUCCUGGUAUUGCGUGCUAUGCAUCCUGAUUUCAAUCACAUUCGAGAUCAACUUUUGACUAGUCACAAAGUACCCACCAUGGACUAUCUUACCACUCGCCUCUUGAGGGUUCCCAAUUCCACUACUUCAGACCCGCGUCCUAACAUAAUUGACACUUCAGCUUCCGCUUUAGUCACUAACUCUGGCUUUCGUGGAGGACGUGGAGGUCGUGGUGGACGAGGAGUUCGGGGAGGUCGUGGUGGUCGAGGUAAUCGCAACAACAAUCUUCACUGCACAUACUGUAAGCGAUCAGGCCACACUCAGGAGACAUGUUACUCUCUACAUGGUUUCCCUGAUAAAUCUGUCAAUCUCACUCAGUCUGAACCUGGUGUAGAAGAAGGGACGAGAUUUAACAGAUCUGGUGAACAGUCAUUUUCUCUUACAGAAAAGGAGUUUCAGGAAUUUCUUCAGUUGAAAGCAGCAAAACCAACCCAAUCCUCUACUACCACUGUUGCUCAUUCGGGUGCCUCUGACCAUGUAGCUGGUAAUCAGUCUCUCUUCUCUUCUCUUUCUUCACCUACUUGUCCUCGUUUUGUAACUUUAGCUGAUGGUUCCAAAGACCGUGGUACGGGAAAGACGAUUGGCAUAGGACAUGAAUCACAAGGACUUUAUUACCUCCAAUCAACCUCUCAUAUGGCAUGUGCUACUGUGGAAUCUCCUAGUCUUCUCCAUCACCGUCUUGGUCAUCCCAGUUUAUUAAAACUUAAAAAAUGGUCCCAGGAAUGUUCAGAAGUCUUUCCCAUAUUUCAAAUCUUCUGCAGUGAGAUUCAUAAUCAAUUUGGCAAAACAAUCAAAGUUUUACGUAGUGAUAAUGCCAAAGAAUAUUUCUCUGCUGACUUCUCAUUGUUUAUGUCAUCUCAUGGGAUUUUGCAUCAAUCAUCAUGUCCGCAUACCCCCCAACAAAAUGGAGUAGCCGAAAGAAAAAAUCGUCACCUUAUUGAAACUACUUGUACAUUGUUGUUAGAUGCUCAUAUGCCACUGCAAUUUUGGGGAGAUGCUGUCCUAACCGCUUGCUAUUUGAUUAAUCGUAUGCCUUCCUCUGCUAUCAAUCAUCAAGUCCCUAUUCAGGUGUUAGACCCGCGAAUUCCUUUGUAUACAGUUCCUCCUCGAGUAUUUGGUUGUACUUGUUUUGUCCAUGAUCUAUCUCCCGGGCGCGACAAGUUGUCCCCUCGUGCUAUCAAAUGUGUCUUUCUUGGUUAUUCUCGAUUGCAAAAAAGGUACCAGUGUUAUUCUCCUAUCACUCAUCGUCAGUAUAUCUCUGCCAGUGUCACCUUUUUCGAAGACACACCUUACUUCACUUCAACCACUGAUCCUAUAGUAAUCUCUGAGGCUUUACCAGUACCAUACUUUGGUGCUCUCCCUUUGUCUUCUUUACAGGUACCUACAAGUACUCAGCCUGAUCAUGAGGAACCCAUCGUUUCUCUGCCAGAUCAUGACCAGCUUGAUCCUCCCCAACAACAAUUCAUCACAUACCAGCGAAGUUCCAAGGCAGCCAUUCCUACAACCGAGGUAGUCACUGAGGAUCCUUAUACAUCAUGUCCUAUCCCAACGACUUUUCCUACUACGAACCUACCUUCCUCUACUGCACCUGCAUCAACUCCCGGUAAGUCUGUCAGUGAUUCUCCUAUUGCUAUUCGUAGAAGUAGUCGUACCACUCGUAAUUCUCAUCCUAUUUAUAACUUCUUGAGUUUUCACCGUUUGUCUCCGUCAUAUUAUGCAUUUGUAUCUUCUGUGUCCUCUGUUUAG